GACGGAUCGCACGCCAGGAGGAGAAUAUAGGGAGGCAGGCAAGCCAGAAGGCCAGCAGCAGCAGUGUUCUGGCGAGAUCUGAUGUCCGGCUCCACUGCCAAGAGGAAUCCGAGCGACUUCCUGAAGCAGGUGCUGGGGAGGCCGGUGGUAGUCAAGCUCAACAACGGCACUGACUACAGGGGUCAGUGGAGUGGACACAUGCCAGACAGCACGACACACAACGCACCAACGCAUUCGUUCGUUCAGGCAUCUCAUCUCGUGUGUGUGUGUGUGUGUGGUUUUGUCUGUCUGUCAGGUACGCUUGCGUGUUUGGAUGGCUACAUGAACAUUGCCAUGGAGCAGACGGAGGAGUACGUGGACGGCAAACUCAAAGCCAAGUACGGCGACGCAUUCCUCAGGGGCAACAACGGUACGGUACGGGGCGCACCGCACGUGUGGUGGGCGAGGCGAUGGUGGGGUGGACCGACCAUGGCUUGGCUGGCCUGGCAGAAGAAACCAUCUCAUCUGUGUGUGUGUGUGUGUGUGUGUGUGCGUCAGUUUUAUACAUCUGCGCGCAGAAGACCGUCAAGAAAUGACGACUGACUCGCUCGCUGCUUGUGCUGCUAAUACUAGACCCUCCCUCCCUCCGUUGUACAUGCCUCUCUCUCUGUGUGACGGACGAGACCCCUGUGUGUGACUCUAUACCUACAAUGUAAUUUAGAUGCCCG